AAUCGGCAGAACCCAGUAGUUGUUCCACUUCAGACGAGAGCGAAAUGGCAUUCAAGUUCAUAGUCCUCGCGGCCUUCGUGGCGGUGGCGAGCGCCGGCGGGCCGGCGGCUUACGACAUCGGCACGCUGUCGGCCGACCACAACAGCAUCGGCUACAGCCAAGAGUCCACCCAGAAGGGUUACGCCGGCCAAAACGUCGUGUCCACGUACAGCAGGGCCGAGGACUCCGCGCACUCGUCGGUCCGCGUGAGCAACAGCCACGUGAGCAACGACGCCCUGCUGGAGCACGCCAUCGGCUACGCCGCGCCAGCUUUGACCAAGAGCGCGUACGUCGCUCAGCCCGUUAUCGCCAAGGCCGCUUAUCCCGCUCCGGCCUUGACGUACGCCGCUCACCCCGCACCGGCCUUGACGUACGCCGCUCACCCCGCACCGGCCUUGACAUACGCCGCCCACCCCGCACCGGCCUUGACGUACGCCGCCCACCCCGCACCGUUAAUCGCCAAGACCGCUUACGCACCAGCCGCAUACGGAUACGCCGCGACGACGCCGCUCCUCGCCAAGACCACAGCCACUUAUGCCGCACCCGCUGCCUAUAGUUACAGCAGCCCGCUCGUAGCCAAGACCUACGCCGCCCCCUUGGUAGCCAAGGCUGCCUACACCACCUACGCCACGCCGGCCGCCCCCUUGGUCGCCAAAGCCGCCUACGCGGUCGCACCUGCCGCGGCUCCCCUCAUCGCCAAGACCUACACCGCCGCCCCGGUCCUCGCUAAGACCGCGAUCGCCGCUGCACCGGCCGCCCUCACGUACGCCGCUCAUGCCGCCCCCGUAGUCACGAAGGCGUACGCCGCCCCUUACUCGUACGAGACGGCCGCGCCGGUGGUGCACGCCACUUUCAGCGGCUUCGGCACCAGCUACGCUUGGUAG